AUGGAUCGCAAGGAACAGAUCCACGAGAUGCGCUCCCACUCGUAUCACAGUGAACACCGCCGCCCCGAAUACCGCCCCGAAUACCGCCCCGAGCAGCGGCCCCGUAUGCCCAGCGGCUACGAAUACCCCGAUGAAGAGGCCCUCGCCCCGCACGUGAGCCGUGAGGAUGCACUCAAGAGGAUGAAGACGGCGGGAUCCAUCUCCAUGUCACCGGAGCUGUUCGAGAAGCUGUACCUGUCGCCCCAGAACAAAGUCAAGGGGGAUCUACGAAAGACCUUUGGUAACCCGACGCCAAUUGCCAUCGUCGGCUUCCUCCUUUCGCUGACGCCUCUAUCUUGUGACUUGAUGGGAUGGCGUGGAGCAGGCGGUAGCGGUGCGGCCGGCAUCGGCGCGUAUUUCUUCUUCGGUGGUCUUCUCAUGUUCGUCGGUGGCCUCCUCGAAUGGGUCCUCGGCAACACCUUCCCCUCCGUCGUCUUCCUCACCUUCUCCGCCUUUUGGUUCACCUUUGGCGCGACGCUCAAUCCCUCCUUUGCAGCCUUCUCCUCGUAUGCACCUGCGGGUUCGACGUCCGGGGCUGCAGGCCUGACGACUCAGGGGUUCAAUGCGAGUUUCGGCUUCAUUACCCUCGCCAUGGCCAUGAUCUGCGUCGUCUUUCUUGUCUGUUCACUGCGCACCAAUAUUGUUUUUUUUAUUAUCUUCCUGACACUUGUCGCUGCCUUUGUCCUCAUCACGGCCGCGUAUUGGUUCUUGGCCAUGGACUAUACCAGUAACGCUGCUUCUGCCGCGAAGCUUCUCCAGGCCGCUGGUGCGUCUGCGUUUGUAACUUGUAUGGCUGGCUGGUGGCUUAUCUUCGCCAUUCUUUUGGCGUCUUUGGAUUUCCCGUUGGAGCUUCCUGUAGGAGACUUGAGCAGAGUGAUCCGGGGUAAGAGCGAGAACAGCCACGUUUAG